ACAAAUUUGUGAUAAAUCCUGGACAGCAUGUUAAUCACAGCAGCAGUGUUCAUGCGUCUGAAAAAUCCAAUAGGACCCAGAGCCCUAACACAGUUCCUUCACCUCACUCACUUGACAGAGACAAUGAUAAGAAGAUCCUGGAACUGACCAAUAAGAUCAUCCACCUGCUGACUGGAGAGGUUCCUAUAAGGUGUGAGGAUAUCACGGCCUGUUUCUCCAUGGAUGAGUGGGAGUAUUUAGAAGGACACAAUGAUCUUUACAUAGACGUCAUGAUGGAGAAUCACCAGACACUCGGCUCACCGGAAGAUACAUGUACAUCAGAUGGAUUACCCAAUUCUGGUUCUUUGUCUGACUUUAAAACCAGUGAAUCUGGACAUAUUAACAAAUUUAGGAAACUCAUCAAAACAAAGAAAAAAAAGACUGAAUCUAUAGUAAAUGGCACCAAAGAAUCCCUAUCUAUUGAACAAAAUUGCCCAAAUAUUGACACUCAUACUCCCACAGAAUGUUCACAAACAGGAUAUGUGUCUACUCAUACUGCACAGGAAUCAGCCUCAUGUGAAGGAUAUCUUGCAGACGCUGACAUGUAUACAAGCACAGAACAUACACAGAGAAGAUAUCCACUUAACCAUAUUAAAGAAGAAUCAUCAGCAUGUGAAACCAGAGCCACCACUGAUGUAUAUACACCCACAAGUGGUAAACAAAUAGACUAUGCUUCAAAGUAUGAAACCAGAUCACACAAAAAAGGAAACCUCAGAGUCAAUGACAUUGAUAGAACCACAGGAUAUAUAAAUGAGGUAUCCGCAGUCUGCAAAAUAAGUGUCACAGAAAAUCACAAUUAUAUUCCUCCAGAACCUUCAAAGACAGAGGAUGUGUUUGGUUAUAAUGCCUGUAACCUAAACUCACCUGGAAAAUGUAAGAUAUUGUUAAAAGAAUGUAGAAAAACUGAUAAAAAUAUUAAUCGUAAAUAUCUCAACAACAAAGAGGCAAUAUCCCACAGGUCUGAGCGUCCGAAAGGUUUUAAUGGUAACUCAAAGCAUGUUCUUUAUCAGUCCACUCUCACAAGAAAUGAGAUUGCUGCAUCUGAAAUGGAGAACGUUUUUCACACAUCUGACUUAACUAAACAUGUGCCAAAUAACAAACAAGAUAAACCAUUUCCAUGUUCUGAAUGUAGGAAAUAUUUUAGUGUAAAACGCAAUCUUGCUAAGCAUCAGACUAUUCAUAUAGGGUUAAAGCCAUUUAAAUGCACUGAAUGUGGCAAAUGUUUUAGGCUAAAGCAAAGUCUCACUAUGCAUCGGAGAAUUCACACAGGAGAAAAACCGUUUGAAUGUUCUGAAUGUGGAAAAUGUUUUGGUAGAAAAGAUGAUCUUAUUAAGCAUCAGAGAAUUCACAAAAGUGAAAAACCGUUUAAAUGCUCUGAUUGUGGCAAAUGUUUUAGGCUUAAGCACAGUCUCAAUGUGCACCGUAAGAUUCACUCAGAAGAGAAACCAUUUGAGUGCUCUGAAUGUGGUAAAUGUUUUAGGCUAAAGCCCAGUCUCAUGGUGCAUCAAAGGAUUCACACAGGAGAAAGAUCAUUUAAAUGUUCUGAAUGUAUGAAAUGUUUUGGGAGAAAGGAUGAACUUGUUAAGCAUCAUAGAAUUCACACAGAAGAAAAAACAUUUGAGUGCUCUGAAUGUGGCAAAUGUUUUAGGCUAAAACCCAGUCUCACAGUGCAUCGGAGGAUUCACACAGGAGAAAGACCAUUUGAAUGUGGCAAAUGUUUUAAGUGCUUUAAAAGAAAAGAUGAACUUAUUAAGCAUCAGAGAAUUCACAAAAGUGAAAGACCAUUUAAAUGUGCUGAAUGUGGGAAAUGUUUUAAGGUUAAGCACAGUCUUACUGAGCAUCAGAGGAUUCACACAGAAGAAAAACCAUUUGAGUGUUCUGAAUGUGGCAAAUGUUUCCGCCAAAAAGGAACUCUAGCUUCACAUGCAUUAAUUCAUACAGGAGAAAAAACAUUUAAAUGCUCCGAAUGUGGGAAAUGUUAUAGGCUAAAGUAUAUUCUUAUGAGGCAUCAGAAGGUUCACAAAACAGAAAACAGGCCUAAAUGGAUUCUAUAGGCACCCAGGCCACUUCUUUAUCUCUACCAGUUUUCAGCAAUAAAUGAAGGCAGUGUUUACAUAAUGCCUUGGGACACCUCCAGUGGCUGUCAUGGAGGCGCUGAACAUUCCCCACACAGAUGCAUUGAUUCGAUGCAUCUCUAUGAGGAGAUGCCGAUUGGCCAUGGUGUCUAAAGCAUUGGAUUGACUGAGAUUGUCAACUUUCCUGAUCUCAGCCAAUUCGGACCCACUCCGCUCUAGAAUAAAGGUGUGCAAACUCCCCUUUUACAUUAGUGACAGGGUGGCUGAGCAGCUACGUGAUUAUAUUACAGCUAUAGUGACAGGGAUGCAUGUUUGUAUUCCUGUCACUAUAGUGUUACUUUAAGCCAAAGAUGGUAACCCAGAAAAUCUGUCCGCCAAUGUAUAACAAUUCAAAUCCGUAAAGAGAGAAUAGUCAGCAGAUUAAGCUAUAGAUCAUCAUGUUGUAACAGUCCAAGGGGGUAAGGAAACUGGAUCCAGAGGUGAGUAGAAUGAGAAGCUAAACAGUUGAAUAUGAGAUGGGUAGCUAUCCCGUCU